CUGAGGGGAAAAGCGGAAGAGAGUCAGUAAAAGCUUUUGCAGUCAUCUUGGCAAGGCGGAUUCAAUAAAGUUUUCCAUUGCGACCAGCGGUGUGAGCCUAUUUCUUGGGUCCUACACCUUCCAGGAGCGGACAUUAAGCUUUUACUGUCUUUUUUUUUCGGCUCAUCCCGUGAGGAAAGGUCUCUCCGGUGAGAGCAUGAACCCUGAUGGAGGAGAAACCAUGAAGGAAUUCCUCUUCCUGGAAGAAGAACAGGCGAACCCUCGAGGUGCAGAGGAGUUGAGAGAGGAAAGGAACCCAUCGCCCGCAUUGAGCGAAGGGGGGACAGACCCCUCGGACCCGUCGUGGAAGCCGCUGACCUCCACCCAGUUACCCGCAGGCAGGGGAGUGACGAUGGAUCUGAUGCAGCGGCAGGUAAACGAGUCCUGGAGGGCGACAGUCGAGCAACGGGAGCAGAGGAGAGGGCUGCCCGGGAGAGGCACUGAACCCCGUCCCUUUGCCGGGGAGGGUCCACAGGACUAUGUGGAUGAGAUGCCUCAGCAGGGCACAUCAGUUUUCCCCACGGGCCUGUCGGGAAGGAGCCAAAUGCCUGGGAAGGGAGAAUUUCGGGUGAAGUUCAACGGGGACCCCAAACAGCUGUCUUAUUUCAUUACAAACGUAAGACACUUCAUGGAGGAUUUUGGGGACCAAUUCCCUUCAGAAAGCGCAAAAAUCCACAUGGUGGGGGCAAACUUGAAAGAAGCAGCUGCAGACUGGCUAAUGCAGAUGUAUGAUACUGGUGCCCGGGAGCUAGCCUGUCUGGAGGAUUUCCUAAGAGCCCUCCGUGAGAGAUUCGAAGACCCUUUGGCAGAGGAGAGGGCGAAGGCCCAACUCAAAAGGAUAUACCAGGGAGGAAGGACAGUGUCAGAAUAUGCCCUGGAAUUUAAAGCCACAGCGGGGAAGAUCAGGGACUGGUCCGACACCACCAAACUGGAAUAUUUCAGGGCUGGUUUACGCUCUGAGGUGCUCGAGUGGGCUUUACACAGAGGAAAUCCAAGAGACUUGGAGGACUGGAUUUUGCUAGCGGGGCGCGUGGAGGUGGACCAACAGCAAAUCUCUCGUCGUCCAAGGGAGAGCAACAGAAUCAAACCCCCGACAGCAGCAACACGGCGCUUCUCCCCUCGUCGCGGAAGGUCGACCAGCAGGGAGAGGAGAGCAGGGAGGGGGGCCUGCUUCGCUUGCGGCCGCGAGGGACAUCGAGCGGCAGAGUGUCCGAAAGGGACAGGCGUGGAGACAAAAGGAGAGAGGCUUCACAGCCAGAAGCCGCCCCACCAGAGCUCCAAACUAGCAAAAGGGAAAGCUGCCAUGGCAACGGAAACGGCUUUAGCCCCAGGGCAGCUUCAGGCAGAAGAGAUGGAGGAAGCGGAGGACCUGGAGUUACCGGGAAACGACUGGGAUCUGUUUUGA